CCGGACUUUUAUUUUGGGCUGACGGUGUGACGUCUUAAGGCUGCUCCGCGUUCUGGUGAUUCGACUGAAGAAAGAAAAACUGGUGAAGCAGCUGAGAUCCACGUAGCACACCAAAGAUGGCGUUUAUUAAAGAGGAGAGCGAAGACAUGAGGAUUGAAGAAGCAUUCAGCGUGAAACAAGAAGAUACUGAGGAACAAACAAAGAUGGAGUUUAUUAAAGAGGAGAGUGAAGACCUGAAGAUUGAAGAUGCGUUCAGAGUCAAGCAUGAAGAUACUGAGGAACAAACCGACCUAAUGGCACUGAAAGAGGAGAAAGAAGUACUCAAUGAAACUGAAAAAGAAGAUCAAUAUGAGAGUCUUCAAAAGACAGAAACUUUCGCUCAACAAGGAACCCCUAAAGAUCAAACGGGGGAGAGUUUCUCUCAUAAAGUAAGUCUUGAGAGGCACAUAAAGAUUCACACGGGAGAAAAGCCUUUCAUAUGCCUUCAGUGUGGAAAAUGUUUCACUCUAAAAGAAAACUUCAAAAGGCAUGUGAGGUCUCACACUGAAGAGAAGCCUUACGCAUGCCAACAGUGUGGUGUGAGUUUUGCUCAACAUGGACACCUUGAAAUCCACAUGAAAUUUCAUACUGGGGAGAGCCCUUUUACUUGCCAACAUUGUGGAAAAUGUUUCGCUUGUAAAUCCAUUCUUGAGAGUCACUUAAGAAUUCACACUGGAGAAAAGCGUUUUGCAUGCCCUCAGUGUGGAAAAUGUUUCAAUCAACGAGGAAACCUUAAAGCCCACAUUAGAAUACACACUAGAAAGAGUACCUUCAUCUGCCAACAGUGUGGAAAGAGUUUCACUCAUAUAGGAAGUCUUAACGGGCACGUGAGAACUCACACUGGAGAAAAACCUUUCACAUGCCAACAGUGUGGAGACAGUUUUGCUCACAAUGGAAACCUUAAACUCCACAUGAGGAUCCACACUGGAGAAAAGCCUUACAGUGUUGUAAUAAGUUAAACGCAAAUCCUUAACAGGCACAUGGGAAUUCACACUGGAGAGAGCUCAGUUACCUGCGUACAGUGUAGAAUUGUUUCAACAUUUGAAAUGUUUUCGCACUUCUACAUUUAAAGGGGUCAUAUGAU